AUAUUGCACAAUAAAUUGCACGAUACUCUUGCUAGUUCACAAAGCUAGCUAUAGCUGCUACCUCUUAUUGGCUUUUUUGUCUUACUGUUUCAAUAACAGUAAGCUCUAAGCCACCGCCAAGUUUCAUUUCCUUCUUUAAUUUCCUCCCUUUCUACCUUGUUGUUAUUCUUCUUCACCUUGGUUACCCUGCCCUACCCAAAAGUUCAAUAUCUUUUUUGCAGCGUCAAUACCCUCCAAAUUCCAAUAAAGAUAUACACACACACAUUUAUAUGUUCAUAUAGUAUAUGGUAUACAACAUGGUCAUUCAAUAUUCAUCAAAUUGGAGCUGCAAUUUAUCCAUGAUGGCAAGGCUUGCCUUGUGCCUCCUUGUGAUGUUGAGCAAUAAUGCAAGUUCUUCAUCUGCUCGUUUAUUGUUCAAUAGAACAAGAGGAGGGUUCACGAUCAUGCCUAAAGAAGUACAUAGGAGAAACCUGCUUGAUAAUGGACUUGGCCAUACACCCCCCAUGGGAUGGAAUAGCUGGAACCAUUUUGCCUGCAAUAUUAAAGAAGACUUAAUUCGAGAAACAGCCGAUGCUAUGGUGUCAACUGGCCUUGCUGCUCUAGGUUACCAAUAUAUUAACAUAGAUGAUUGUUGGGGAGAGCUUAACCGAGACUCAAAGGGCAAUUUGGUUCCCAAAGCCUCAACAUUUCCUUCCGGAAUGAAGGCACUAGCUGAUUAUGUUCAUAAAAAUGGUUUGAAGUUGGGGAUAUAUUCUGAUGCAGGAAAUCAAACGUGCAGUAAAACUAUGCCUGGAUCACUUGGACAUGAAGAACAAGAUGCAAAAACAUUUGCUUCCUGGGGGAUUGACUACUUGAAGUAUGAUAACUGUGAGAAUAACAAUAUAAGCCCCAAAGAAAGGUACCCUCCAAUGAGUGAAGCUUUGGCAAACACUGGAAGGCCAAUUUUCUUCUCUUUGUGUGAAUGGGGAUCAGAAGAUCCAGCAACUUGGGCCAAAAGUGUGGGAAAUAGUUGGAGAACAACAGGAGACAUUGAAGAUAAGUGGGAUAGUAUGAUAUCUCGUGCAGAUCUAAAUGACAAAUGGGCUUCUUAUGCUGGACCUGGAGGAUGGAAUGAUCCUGACAUGCUAGAAGUUGGAAAUGGAGGCAUGACAACAGAAGAAUAUCGUGCUCAUUUCAGCAUAUGGUCAUUAGCUAAGGCUCCUUUGUUGAUUGGUUGUGACAUUAGAGCACUGGAUGCCACCACAAAAGAAUUGCUAAGCAACAAAGAAGUUAUUGCAGUUAAUCAAGACAAGCUUGGAGUUCAAGGAAAGAAGGUGAAAAGUACUAAUGAUUUAGAGGUUUGGGCAGGUCCUCUCAGUAAUAACAAGGUAGCAGUGAUCUUAUGGAAUAGAAGUUCAUCCAAAGCAAAAGUUACUGCAUCCUGGUCUGACAUAGGCCUGAAACCUGGAACUUCAGUUGAAGCAAGAGAUUUAUGGGCGCAUUCAACACAAUCAUCUGUUUCGGGAGAAAUAUCUGCUGAAUUAGAUUCACAUGCUUGUAAGAUGUAUGUCGUCACUCCUAACUAAGCUGUUAAUUUCUUGAGGCAGAAAAGGAGGUAAAAACAGAAGUCAGGAGAAACAAAUGCAUUGGCAAUAGUUGGAUGUUCCAUAGAAGGAAAAAGAAAUCAAUAGGAUAUUUAUUUAUCAAUAGGAAAUAUAGAAAGAUAUGUAUACGUUGUUUAGCUCCGAAGGUUUCCAUUUUAAAUUAUACAUUGUCAUUGAGAUCUACUUGAUUUCAAUAUAAUAUGCAUUUCAUAUCCCUAAUUCCUGUUAAUCUGGUAUCAAGCAUGGACUGAAAGGAAGUACAUAGAAUAUUUUCUAUAUAUAGAUAUAUGGUUGACAUUUUUAUCUA